AUGCGGAUUUGUGUUUUUCAAACUUCCGAUAUCCCCUCCCAGGCUGAUGGUUACCCCGAUCCUGGGCUAUACACGGAUCAACACACAUUCGAGCACCGAGUCAUCAGAAAAGACAGCGUCAAGCAGGAUAUUGACCUUGCCGCCGCCGAAGGUUUCGGCCUCUACAUGCUUUUCUCAUGGGACUGGCACGGUGGUCAGAUUCAGAGCACCGGAAUUCAGAUCACGAAAUACCUCGAGGAAGUAAAGCUUCCCUUCAUCGGGCUACCGAGUCGGGUUCUCGAAAGAUGCAAACCAGAUCUCGAUGGCCGCUUGCAGCUGCAUCUUACUGGACAUAAUAGUGGAAACCCAUCUAGCGGCGAGAACAGAGAUAUUAUUGCCGCUGGGGAUGAGUACGCCUGUGUCGUCGUGCAGCUGGGCAAUACACCGGUGGCCCUCUCCCCUGGCAUCUGUCACCAGAAACAAUGUCUGAAACGAACCUUAAAUCCACAUCUAUAUGACGAGAUUUGCAGCCUUGCAGAAGGGGCCUUCGAUGCCAACGACAUGCAUGGCUGCUUUUGGUGCACAGUACUUUUCCGUGUGACAAAAAUCACAAGACCAAUGUUGAUCGGGAUAAAUCCAAUGUCACCGAUAUUCUUACCUCAACUUUCGGUUGAAGACUGCACAAUCCGUGAAUCCUUCCCAGGUGGCCAUCGAUCAUUGAUCAAUUCAGUGAUCGCUUCGUCCCUCAUCGUACACUCUCACAGUGCGGAGCUCUUGAGGAAGGUGGGCGAGGAGUACGAUGAUGUGGCUCCAAAAUAUGACGCCGUGACACACGGGAUCUACCAUGACAAUGUCAAGAAGAUUGCAACAAAGUACAAUUACGACGGAGUUGUAUUGGAUCUCGCCUGCGGAACGGGACUCUUCGCAAGAUUGAGAGGAGAAGCCCUGGCAGUGACAUCUGGAGAUCAUCGCAAUUCCACCACCAAAUUUAUGGGAGUUGAUCUAUCCCCACAGAUGAGAACGGAAUGCCUUUAUCACGGCUGGUAUGAGCGCGUCCUUGUCGGCCCCAUACAACGUAUAUUGACAGAGUGGAUGGACCCCGUUGAUCACAUUGUGUGCAUCGGAGCCCUUCAUUACCUCGAUAAGAAUGAACUGUCGUUGGUCCUUUCUCGCGCAUUUCACCUGGCCAGGGUAUCUGUGACUUUCACCAUUGAUGAGAUUCCCGAAUCCUACAUCGCGGCGCAGCGCUCCCGGGGUCGCGAAUAUAUGCAUGGCGUCAACCACGUGGCUGAAGUUGCUGCUUAUGGUGUGCCGGUGGGCUGGAAGUUGGCGGACCACUGGAAGUGCCUGGGAUGGAAAUCGCCCACAACUGGAGAUGAUGUGUACACAAAUGUAUUCCGGUUUGAGCGUUUGGACGAGGCAACUCUCUGA